AUGAGCAAAUAUUAUAUGAGCAAAUUCCUAUAUAAGUUAAAGUUAUUAAUCCAGCUAAUACAAUUCCUAUAUGAGCAACUGAAGAAUAAGCAAUUAAAGCCUUUAAAUCUGUUUGACAGAAAAGAAAUUUCUUUAUCAUUAAUCCCCAAAAUUAAUAUUUUAAUUAAACUACCUCUUGAUAUUAUACAAUGAAUUUUAUUAACACUUUUAAUUAUUUUUAAUUUUAUUUUUAUAAAUAUAAAACAUCCAUUAGCAAUAGGAUUAACUCUAUUAAUCCAAACUACAUUAGUAACUUUAACAUCAGGUCUUAUAACUAAAAGAUUUUGAUUUUCAUAUAUUUUAUUUUUAGUAUUCUUAGGAGGUAUAUUAGUUUUAUUUAUUUAUGUAACUUCUUUAGCAUCAAACGAAAUAUUUUCAUUUUCAAUUAAAUUAUUAUUUAUUUCAUUAAGAAUAUUUUCUGUAAUAAUAAUUACAUUAUUUUUUAUAGACAAAAAUAUUUUACUACAAUACCAAAAUUUAGAAGUUAAAUCUAUUUAUGAUAUAAAUUCUUACUUAAUAGAAAAUUCUUUAUCUCUUAAUAAAUUAUAUAAUUAUCCAACUAAUUUAUUAACAAUUUUAUUAAUAAAUUACUUAUUAAUUACAUUAAUUGCUGUAGUUAAAAUUACUAAAUUAUUUAAGGGUCCUCUUCGACCAAUAUUUAACUAAUGAACAAAC